AUGCCAACCACGCCGGAACCAGCACCAGCGCCAACGAGAAACGAGCGCAAGGCAUGCUGGUCGCAUCGAGACAGCUACUUUGGAUGCUUGACACAGAAGGGUAUCGUCGUACCUCCGGGGACUGACAUGAGCGACGGGAGAGGCCCCGUCGGCAAAGCAGCUAAGGAGGAGCAAGCGAGGCUCGAGCGGGAAAGGAAGCAGACGGUCGAAGAAGCCCGCCAGCAAGAUCCUUGUCUGUCGGAAAGACAGGGCUACGAGACCAACUGCGCCAGAAGCUGGGUCGACUACUUCAACAAGCGACGCGUACUGGAGGAGCGACAGAGACUGAUGUACGCGCAAGCAGAUACGGAUCGCUCCAAGCGCUGA